ACCUGCCUGCGGCCAUGGACAGCAGAGCCUUCAGCGUGCUCUGGAGCUCAGCCCUGGGCCUGCAGGCGCUGAGUCUGACCAAGCGGCAAGCAGUCACCCUGGCACCCAGCUGGUCCCAUGGCCUCGUGGCCGCCUUUGAGCCAUACCUGGUAUCAGCAAAUGGGACAGCUCUGCUGCUGUGGGACCGGAGGACGCUGGCCCUCGUUCUGUCCCUGCCGGCAGUGGGUGUGCAGGGAGUGGUGGCCUUCGUGGGCUCAGAGGUGCAGGCUGUGCCACCAAGCAAAGGGUCUGCCGUGCCACUCCUUCCACCUGUGACCACCACUAUGAGGACAACCACAAGCACCACUGCUGCUUGGCCUACCACCUCCACCACAACACCACCGCCAAGCCAGACCACCACUGCACUCAGCACUACUCCUGCACCAACCAGCAAGGCUACCACAUCACAAACCACCACCAGACAGUCCACAUCAAAGAAGACCACCCCUGCACCAACCACUGUCCGGACCACACUGACCAAGACUACCACUGUGCAGCCAGCCACCAGUACCACUCGAUCUUUUACAACUAAGAUCACUGUCCCACAGCCAACCACAACCACCCCACGCUCAAACAGUUCUGCAUGGGUGGUGACACCUACUCCACCCCUCCAGUCCAGCACUGCACACCCCCUGACCCCAGUUCUCCAUCUGUCCUGUUCUCGCACGCAUGUGCCCUGCCAUGAUGGCACUGGCUGUGUGGCCCAGGAGUACCUGUGUGAUGGGGAGAAGGACUGUGCAGAUGGCUCUGAUGAGGAUGGGUGCGCCCAGCUCUGCAACACCCCAGGGGCCUUCCACUGUGCGAGUGGAGCCGUGUGCGUCGGGGCGGGAGAGCGCUGCGACGGGGUGCCACAGUGUCCCGAUGGCUCGGAUGAGAGGGGCUGCUGGACCCCCACACAGGAAUGUGCCCUGCGCUGCGACGCUGCCACCCGCUGCAUCCCCAGGAGCUGGCUGUGUGAUGGCCAUGCCGACUGCCUGGACCACGCGGAUGAGCAGGGCUGUGUGCUGAAGGAGUGUGGUCCGGCUGAGUUUUCCUGUCGGAGUGGGCAGUGCGUGGCCCUGGCCCUGCACUGCGAUGGUGACCAUGACUGCCAGGACGGCUCAGAUGAGGAAGGCUGUGCUGUGCCCCGGCCACUGCUCUGCCGUGAGGGUGAGGUGACGUGUUCCCACAGUGGGGAGUGUGUGCCAGAGGCCUGGCGCUGUGAUGGUGCUGCUGACUGUGGGGAUGGCUCAGAUGAGCAGGGUUGCCCUUGGGAGGAAGAGCUGUGUGAGGACCAGCAGUGGGGCUGCUCCCAUGGCCACGAGUGCAUCCCUGAUGUCUGGCGCUGUGAUGGAGAGACUGACUGCACUGAUGGCAGUGACGAAGCUGGCUGCCACCCUGCUCCUUGUCAGAGUAAUGAGUACCCCUGUGGGUUGGGGUCCUGCCUGAAUGCAUCCCUGGUGUGCAACGGCCAGGAGGACUGCGCGGAUGGCUCAGACGAGGGGGGGAACUGCUCUGUGCCCUGCCAGCGGUCCUGCACUCAUCUCUGCUACUCCUCGCCUCAGGGCCCUCGGUGCUGGUGUGGCCCAGGCUAUCGGCUUGCUGUGGAUGGUCUGUCCUGCAUGGACAUAGAUGAGUGCAUGGAGUGGGGCAAGGGAGCCUGCAGCCAGACAUGCCUUAAUGUCCCAGGGUCCUACAGCUGUGGCUGUCUCCCUGGCUACUUGCUGGAGCCCGAUGGCCACGUCUGCAAACUCACUGGACCAGAGCCCAAGCUGCUGGUGGCUGUGCAGUCCGAGGUGUUGUCCUAUGGCCUGCGGAGUGGCCAUGAGGAGGUGGUGCUGGCCACUGACAAGGAUCGUGUUGUCUUCUCACUUGACUAUGACUUGGUGGAGAGGAAAGUCUUCUGGAUGGACCUAGCCACAGAGAGCAUCCGCUGGCAGGACCUCAACUCAGGAAAGAAAGGCACACUGGUCAAAGGUGUGAGAUCAGACUGUAUAGCAGUGGACUGGCUUGGAAGGAACCUGUACUGGACAGAUGGGGUAGCAGGGCAGGUGCUGGCCACUCGCUUGGGGGCUGCCUGGAAAGGGAUACCAGAGUACACUGUGGUGAUGGAUGGAGACCUGGACCAGCCCCACUCUCUGGUGCUCCAGCCUCUGGCAGGGCUGAUGUACUGGUCAGAGGUGGGGAGCCACUCAAGGCUGAUGGAGGCCAGUAUGGAUGGGAGUUGGCGGCAUGUGCUGCUGGCCCAGGGACUGGGCUGGCCCACAGCACUGGCCCUCGACCUCCCCACCCAGAGGAUCUUCUGGCUGGAUGAGAAGCUGGGCAGUGUUGGUUCUGCACGUCUGGAUGGCAGCAGUGUGAAGGUCCUGAAGCUGCGCUGGAUCCAGAGCCCCUUUGCAGCAGCUGUGUGUGAGGGGCAGCUCUACUGGUCAGAGAGGAAGACAUGGUCUGUGCAGCAGGUGGACAAGGCCAGCAGCAAGAACAGAACCGUGCUGCUCAAACGGCACGGGCAGCCCCAUGGCCUCCAGGUGAUGCACCCAGCCCUGCGCCCCGCGGCCCCCAACCCGUGUGAGACGCGUGGCUGCUCCCACCUGUGCCUGCUGAGCGCCAGGCACACUGGGCAGUGCCGCUGCCCUGCCGGGCUGAUGCUGGCCGCCAAUGAGACCACCUGUCUGCCCAUCCGUGAUUCGGCCUUUGCCCUCCUGGUCUCACCGGCAGCUGUGGCACAGGUCUACCUGAAGGACCUGCCCGCAUCUGCUGGAUCCCAAGGGCUUCCCCCGCACCGAGCCCUGCCUUUGGCCAAGGUGAGCCGCCUGACAGCUGUUGACUAUGCAGUGAAAGACAAGAGUUUGUACUUUGCAGAAGUGGGAGGCAACUCCAUCGGACUGCUGCGCAUGAAGGACUGGGGACGGCUGUCCUGGAAGAAGGCAGUAGCUGUGGAGGGCACGGUGACAUCCCUGGCCUUGGACUGGCUGAGUGGGAACCUUUACUGGAUUGGGGGACAGCCACCCACCAUCCAUGUGGCAGCUCCCAGGGGGCGGUGGGCCCUGGCACUACUCAGCGAGGGGCUGCAGGGUGCUGCCUGGCUGGCACUGUGUCCUCGUGCUUCCACCAUGUGCUUUGUCACAGCAGCUGGCAGACAUGGGCGUGGCGCUGUGGUGGAAUGUGCGGCUAUGGAUGGCACUGGCCGCAGAGUGGUCUGGAAGAGAGCCCGGGCUCCCACUGGCCUUGCUUUUGGGGGUGCUGGCACCAGGCUGUACUGGGCAGACCAUGAGAGAGGUACCAUCAGCAGUGUUGAGCUGGAUGGAUCCCGCUUCCGGCUGGUGCGGGAAGGGCUGCAUGGUCUCUCGCUCUUUGCCGUAGGAGAAGGCUUUCUGCUCUGGAGCACAACCUCUACCAACGGCUCCAGCAAGAUCUGGCACAGCCGGCUGGAGAGGGCUGAGAACUGGUGGUUCCCAAUGGAACAGGAGCUGGUUACCAUGAGGAUUUACAGCCAGUUCUCACAGGAAGGCACCAAUGGCUGUGCGAAGAGCAAUGGGGGCUGUGCCCAGCUCUGCCUGCCCAACCCUGCAGGGCGGCAGUGUCGCUGCUCCCCCGGAUACCACCUGGUGCAUGGGGCAGCGUGUGCGCUGGCACCGCCUUGCCGCGCCCCGCUGCAGGCCUGCCCUGACCUCCAGAGCUGCAUUUCCAGAGAGCAGGUCUGUGACGGGCGCCCCGACUGUGCCGAUGGCUCCGAUGAGUCUGACUGCGCCACAGUGAAGGUGGGGAUGCAGGUCCCUGCAGUGGCACCAUCAGGAAUGUCCCAUGUAGAACAAAAACCAGUCUCAUCCAUAGCUGCACCCCAGCCUCGGCAGCCCCGCCCCAGCCUAUCUGCAGCCCCUGGCCCCCAGGAGCAUGGAGAGCCUUUCGUGGUAUCCCCCAGCACGGAGGAGGUGCUGGGGGCUGUGCCCUGCAGCAGUGAGACAUGCAACCUGCGUGGGGACUGUGCCAUCGAGGCUGGCCGAGUGAUGUGCCACUGUGCCCUGGGCUAUCGUGGUGACUACUGCGAGGAGGCCGAGGUGCAGCCCCUGGCAGGACCCAUUACCCUGGGGGUGGCCGUGCUCCUGCUGCUUGCUGCUGCUGCUGUGGGGGCCCUGGCCUACAUGCGGAAGCGGGACAGGCGGAGGAGGACCUCAAGCACUGCUUCCACUCGGGUGCUGACCCUGUACCACCGUGAAAGUGAUCCAGAGGAAGAGGAUGAGGAGGAGGAAGAGCUUCCCCCCAAGAGUGAUACAUUUGUGAAUGAAGCUUACGAAGGGAAAGAGGAGCUGCCAGCCCUGCUGAGGAAAGGACCAUCUCACAUCAACACCGUAAUUUCAUAAAGGAACGUUGUG